GUCCAAAGGCACUUGCAAUUAAGGAAAACAUAUAAUUUAAGAACAUACGAAUUUAGCGGGGCUUGUUUGAUAUGAUAUUAUUUCUGAAGGUGCAAAAUCUUUUCAUGGUGUAUAAUUUUGUCCUUUGCAAAUACACCAUACACUACUUCAUAGGACUACUCAUAACUGCAUGAUUAAGAUAUAUGGUUAGGUGACUAAAUUCUGUAGAUCAAUUUUAUACUAUUUUAAAAUGCUUCUGAACGUAGAUUAUUGCUCAGUGAAUAGAUAAGCAAGGGACAAAUGGCCGACAUUGAUUAUUGAUGGAAAUCUUGGUUUUUAUCAUAAAAAAUUUUGUUUUGAGUUCUAAGAAAUAACUGAAAAGUUUAAGUAGUGGCUCCCCCAAAAGAAAAGAAGAAAAGGUUAGUAAGAAGAUAGUAGAUAGUGUGGAUGUAGUAAGAAGACACAUGCUAAGUCACAGGCUUAGCUCCACAAAAUAGAUGCAUGUUUUAUUCUCCUCACUUUGGAGCAGCAAUUAUGACACAGGUCUUUACUUUGAAUUCUGCACUUCAAAGUGCUAAACUGUUGUGAUUUUACCUUACUUAAGUAGUUUAUGUAUGGGACUAAAUUCUGUGGCAGGCCAUUUCAUGGUAGAUCAGCUAACAAAGGUUUAGCAAUAGCACUGAAGGUUGGAACAUGCUCCCCCCGCCCCCGCCUCGAGGACACUGUCAAUACAAGCGCAUGCAAAGGCUCUAAAUGUUUGGAAUUUAUUUUUCUUUGUUUAGGACAACAGUGCAAUCAUGACUUGGUGUUGUAAUCAUCUGUCAGUUCUUAGAGUGACAUUUUCCAGUUCUCAUUUUGAUAGCCUAUCUGCUUACUUCAUAAAAAAAAAGCAGUCCGUUUUCCUGUGGUGGUUCUCUUAUACGUAAGUAUGCUCGUACAUUUUGGAAAUAUCGGGUCUCCCACAGACAAGUACAGACUCCGUGUGUAGGGAAGACUAGCCAGCAGAGGACUUGUGUUCAUCUGAAAUAUGCAAGGGUUCAUUUGCAAAUAUAUUACGCUGGCGCUAAAAAUACCACCCGCCCCUUAGCAUUGUGCAUCUCGGACAAACAGGCGCAUAUUGUGUCAUGAAGUUGCUUAAGCUUCUGAAGUCAGGGCUACAACUGGGUCAGAUGAUAAGAUGAGCACAACAGAGGAACGACGAGAGCGUCUGAUAAAACCUGAUUGAUUGAUGUCUGGCUUCCCCACCAUCACAGGCAGUUGACAGUUAGUUUGGGAUCAGAUGAUUUGGCUUUUGCGAUAGAAGAUGAGGCCCAGUGGGCUGGCCUGAAGGACAAAAAGGUCGCUUCCUGCACCGUGUCAAGUAAUGUCGAGCUCCCACAAGGGCCGCUGGAAGAUGCCAUCGACGAUGAGGAAGAAGAGUGUCCAGUGGAGGAAGCUGAAGUCAUCGAGAAAGGAGACUUUCCACUGGAGGGAAGCUUCCCCACAGGCUUUGAGCCGGAAAAUCUGAGCUGCGAAGAAGUGGAGUUCUUUUGUAACAAAGGUGAUGACGAAGGAAUCCAGGAGCCAGCAGAAUCGGAUGGGGACAGCCAUUCAGACAAACCAGGGCAGCCUGGGGUAGAGACAGAUGACUGGGAUGGACCAGGAGAGCUAGAAGUGUUUCAGAGAGAUGGAGAAAGGAAGAUUCAGAGCCGGCAGCAACUUCCAGUGGGAACAACCUGGGGCCCUUUUGCUGGGAAGAUGGACUUGAACAAUAAUUCCUUGAAGACGAAGGCGCAGGUCCCCAUGGUGCUGACUGCUGGUCCUAAAUGGCUUCUGGAUGUGACUUGGCAAGGAGUGGAAGACAGCAAAAACAACUGCAUUGUGUACAGCAAAGGGGGCCAACUUUGGUGCACCACGACGAAGGCCAUCUCAGAGGGUGAAGAGCUCGUCGCCUUUGUGGUGGACUUUGACUCAAGGCUACAAGCUGCUAGUCACAUGACUCUCACAGAAGGGAUGUACCCCGCCCGCCUGCUGGACUCGAUUCAGCUGCUUCCUCAGCAAGCUGCCAUGGCUUCUAUUUUGCCUACAGCUAUUGUCAAUAAGGAUAUAUUCCCUUGUAAGUCCUGUGGCAUCUGGUACCGGAGCGAGCGGAACCUGCAAGCCCAUUUGAUGUACUACUGUAGUGGGAGGCAAAGAGAAGCUGCUCCAGUGUCAGAAGAAAAUGAAGACAACUCGCAUCAGAUUUCCAGCCUGUGCCCCUUCCCACAAUGCACCAAGAGCUUUUCCAAUGCCCGAGCUCUAGAAAUGCACCUGAAUUCACACAGUGGUGUGAAAAUGGAAGAGUUCCUGCCUCCUGGCGCGAGCUUAAAAUGCACGGUCUGUAGCUACACUGCUGAUUCUGUGAUCAACUUCCACCAACACCUGUUCUCGCAUCUCACUCAAGCCGCCUUCCGAUGCAACCACUGCCAUUUUGGCUUUCAAACCCAGAGGGAGCUACUGCAGCACCAGGAGCUCCAUGUUCCCAGUGGCAAACUUCCCAGAGAAAGCGACCUGGAGCACUCCCCAAGUGGAACGGAAGACAGCUUACAGCCAGCCACAGACUUGUUGGCCAGAAGUGACCUCUCCCAGAGCCAAAAGGCCAUGCCGACUAAGGAUGCAAGCUCAGACACAGAGCUGGACAAGUGUGAGAAAAAGACUCAACUCUUCCUCACCAAUCAGAGACCAGAGAUACAGCCUGCCACCAACAAGCAAAACUUCUCUUACACAAAAAUAAAGUCUGAGCCCUCCAGUCCCAGACUUGCCUCAUCUCCAGUGCAACCCAACAUCGGGCCCUCUUUCCCUGUGGGACCUUUCCUGUCUCAGUUUGCUUUUCCCCAAGACAUCACGAUGGUCCCCCAGGCUUCAGAGAUCUUGGCGAAGAUGUCCGAGCUGGUACACCGUCGACUGAGGCAUGGGAGUAGUAGCUACCCUCCUGUGAUUUAUAGCCCUUUGAUGCCCAAAGGGGCUACGUGCUUUGAGUGUAACAUAACAUUCAAUAAUUUGGAUAACUAUCUAGUUCACAAAAAGCACUACUGCAGCAGCCGAUGGCAGCAGAUGGCUAAAUCCCCUGAGUUUCCGAGUGUUGCUGAAAAAAUGCCGGAGGCUGUGAGUCCUAACACUGGCCAGACUUCCAUAAACCUUCUCAACCCAGCCGCUCAUUCAUCGGACCCAGAGAACCCACUCCUUCAAACAUCCUGCAUCAACUCUUCCACCGUUUUAGAUUUGAUUGGGCCAAACGGGAAAGGCCAUGAGAAGGACUUUUCCACUCAAGUCAAAAAGUUGCCCACCUCCAACAGUAGUGAUGACAAAAUAAAUGGAAAGCCUGUUGAUGUGAAAAAUCCCAGCGGUCCCUUAGUGGAUGGGGAAAGUGACCCAAAUAAGACUACCUGUGAAGCUUGUAACAUCACCUUCAGCAGGCAUGAAACCUAUAUGGUCCACAAACAGUAUUACUGUGCAACACGCCAUGACCCUCCCCUAAAGAGGUCUGCUUCCAACAAAGUGCCGGCCAUGCAGAGAACCAUGCGCACACGCAAGCGAAGAAAGAUGUACGAAAUGUGCCUACCUGAGCAGGAGCAAAGGCCGCCUCUGGUCCAGCAGAGAUUUCUUGAUGUAGCCAACCUAAGCAAUCCUUGUAGCUCCACUCAAGAGCCCACCGAAGGGCUAGGAGAAUGCUAUCACCCAAGAUGCGACAUCUUCCCAGGAAUUGUCUCUAAGCACUUGGAAACAUCACUGGCCAUGAACAAAUGUGUUCCGGUUCCCAAAUGUGACACGACCCAUUCCAAUGUUUCCUGCUUGGAGAUGGAUGUCCCUAUAGAUCUCAGCAAAAAGUGUUUAUCACAGUCUGAGCGGACGACAGCAUCUCCUAAGAGGCUACUAGACUACCACGAGUGCACAGUGUGCAAGAUCAGCUUCAAUAAGGUCGAGAACUAUCUGGCGCACAAGCAGAAUUUCUGCCCUGUCACUGCACAUCAGCGUAAUGACCUGGGUCAGCUUGAUGGUAAAGUGUUUCCAAAUCCAGAAAGUGAACGGAACAGCCCUGAAGUCAGCUUUGAAAGAAACGUGAUCAAAUGUGAGAAGAAUGGGAAUCCAAAGCAACCAUCUCCCAACGGAAACUUGUUUUCAUCCCACUUGGCAACCUUGCAAGGCCUGAAAGUCUUCAGUGAAGCAGCUCAGCUCAUUGCUACAAAAGAAGAAAACAAACAUUUGUUUCUUCCCCAAUGCCUUUACCCUGGAGCAAUAAAGAAGACGAAAGGAGCUGACCAGCUUUCUCCAUACUAUGGGAUAAAGCCAAGCGACUAUAUCGCCAGUUCUCUUGUUAUCCACAACACUGACGUCGAACAAAGCACAAAUACAGAAAAUGAAUCACCUAAAGGCCAGGCCUCCUCAAAUGGGUGUGCCGUACCCAAGAAAGAUUCUCUGCCAUUGUUGCCCAAAAACAGAGGCAUGGUCAUAGUGAAUGGUGGACUCAAGCAAGAUGAAAGACCUACGGCCAACCCACAGCAAGAGAACAUUUCCCAGAAUACCCAGCACGAAGAUGGCCACAAAUCCCCUUCGUGGAUCUCUGAGAACCCAUUAGCUGCAAAUGAGAAUGUCUCCCCAGGAAUUCCCUGCGCAGAAGAACAGUUGUCUAGCAUAGCAAAAGGUGUGAAUGGCUCCAGCCAGGCUCCCAGCAGUGGGAAAUACUGCCGGCUAUGCGAUAUCCAGUUCAAUAAUCUUUCGAACUUUAUAACUCACAAGAAGUUUUAUUGCUCAUCACAUGCAGCAGAACAUGUCAAAUGAACUAACUGAGUUACUAAAGAAAGCAGUCACCUUUGGUACCCGUGUUUAGUAUGUUCUUCUAAACAGUCCAGAAAACAAAGACGCUGUUUGAAUUACAUCUGGCAAUCAGGAGAUAAUUCAUUAUGGCUGAAUUGAAGACUUAAGGUGUAAUUUCAUUACAGACCAUUAGUAAAGUGUAUUAUUGGUGCCAUUUUCAGAAAAAGAAUUAAUUUAUUUUACCAGCAGUAUUCAUAGCUGUGGUUAUGUUAUUUUUAUUUAAAAACUUUAUAUUAAAGUCAUUUGUAAUGAUUGUAUAGUUAUUGUGUAGCACAUAUGGUUUGCACUGUAUAGUAGCUUUUAAAGAAAAUAGUCACAAACAAUACAGAAGAGCAUUUUAGAAAUAGCUUCAAAAGCACUUGUGUAUUCUGAUUUUUUCUUAUAUGCUGUUGCAGAUAUUCGUAUAUGCUAAAAUAUAACCUGCAAACAUGUUCUAAAUACACAUGCUAUAAGUUCGCCUUAAGAUUUCAAUUCUUGGAUAAUCAGGCUCCAAUUGCACUUUAUAUUUUAGCAAAUACAGUCUCUUAGUCACUAGGCUUUGCAUUCGUAUGUAGCCGUAUAUUUCUGUCCAUUUUCUCAAACUGAAACAUGUAUGUUAAGUGAAGAUGGCAUUUCUUUCUUGUAUAGUACUUGUAUUUUCUUUCGCCGAUGCAGCCCUGUCUCAAUUUUUAAACCUUUGCUGUUAAAUGCAAUACUUUAUAAAGAAUGAACAAAAUUACUGGAAGCAGUAUUGUCAGUAAUGGAGUAGUAUAAUCAGUUUUAUCUUUUGAAAGGCACAGUCUAAAUCGAACCCCUAAACUCAAUGCUGCAAGUAUGAAUUUAAUUCAUAUAUAAGAUCUAUUUAAAUAUAAGAGUAGCAAUACUGCACCUGGUGAUCACGAAGAUAAUGUUCUACUUCUGAUAGAAAUAAUUUCUCAACAAAUGUUGUUACUAUGCAUGUACAUGGAUGGAAUAAAAUUCCAAAUUGUUGGAGA